UCCGUCUGUCUGUUGUAGCAACUGAGUAGCUGCUCCAACGGGAAGACGUGGUCGUGGAUACAGUGUUUUUUCAAUGGUUAAUCGAUUGAAAUUUGUGCGUUUCGAAGUUUUGUCGCAGAAGCUAAAUUCACCAAGAAAGUGAAAGUGAAUGAAUGACGCCUGAAAGCUGAUUUCCUCCUGAGCACAUUAGACUGUGAAGUAUGAAUACAGAUAUGCAGGUCGAGCUGGACUCGGUCGAGGCCGAGCUGGACACGGUGGAACUGCAGCUCGCAGAGAUCCUGCAGAAAAAGGCUGAGCUCACUUCUCGGAAGAAUGCCCUGCUGCAGCAGCUGGAGGAGGCCUGUGACACUGCACAGCCUUUGUCUUCUUCUGCCUCAAAGGCAUCUGAAGCCAAGCCAGCGAUGAGCAAGCAGGAAAUGCAACGAUAUGAUGGCACAGAUUUUCCAUGGUCCAGCAACGUGGAGCAGCACCUGAAGGCCACAUUCCAUCUCUCUAACUUCAGACCUUUGCAGCUGAAAGCCAUCAACCUGACCAUGUCAGGCAAGGACCUGUUCCUGGUCAUGCCCACAGGAAGAGGGAAGAGUCUCUGCUAUCAGCUUCCUGCAAUCUGUUCUAAUGGUUUUACACUGGUCAUCACUCCCCUUGUAUCCCUGAUGGAGGACCAGUUGAUGUACCUGAAGACUAUUGACGUGUCAGCAGUCAUGCUCAAUGCAUCCAGCAGCAGGGAGCAUGCUAAGACGGUUAUGGCUGGAAUGACAGAUCCAAAGGCCCCCUUCAAGCUGGUGUACGUGACUCCAGAGAAAAUUGCUAAGAGCAAGCUCCUAAUGUCUCGUCUGGAGAAAGCCUACAAAGCAAACCUCCUGAGUCGUAUUGCUGUUGAUGAGGUGCACUGUUGCAGCCAAUGGGGUCAUGACUUCAGACCAGAUUAUAAGCUGCUGGGCAUCCUGAAGAGGCAGUUCUCCAAAGUGCCCCUCCUUGGCCUCACAGCCACAGCAACCAGUAGUGUCCUGAAAGACUGCGAGAAGAUCCUGUGUGUGCCACAGGCAAUCACGCUCACUGCUUCCUUCAAUCGAACUAAUCUCUACUAUGAAGUUCGUAUAAAGGAUUCUGACAGUGAAGCAUCAGUAAAUGACAUAGCUGCUCUGAUUAAGAGUAAAUACAAGGACCAAUCAGGAAUUGUGUAUGUAUUCUCUCAGAAGGAUGCAGAGUUGGUGUCAGCAGAACUCCAGAAGAGAGACAUCUUGGCAUAUCCUUACCAUGCAAACAUGGACUCUGAGGACAAGUCCCGGGUUCACCGCAAAUGGACCUCCAACAAAAUUCAGGUCGUGGUAGCCACUGUGGCAUUUGGCAUGGGCAUUGACAAGCCUGACGUCAGGUUUGUCAUCCACCACACCAUCAGCAAGUCCAUUGAGAACUACUACCAAGAGAGUGGACGGGCAGGUCGAGAUGACUCUCCGGCUGACUGCAUUGUCUAUUUCGGCUUCGCUGAUAUCUUCAGGAUCAGCACCAUGGUGGUGAUGGAGAAUGUUGGUCAGCAGAAAUUGCUGCAGAUGGUAGAUUACUGCCAGAAUGUUAACAGGUGUCGGCGCUCUCUCAUGGCAGUUCACUUUGAUGAAGUGUGGGAUGAUGAAGGAUGCAACCAGAUGUGUGAUACUUGCAGUCAAGCAAAAGAUUACCCCACUGUGGACAUUACCCAACAUGCCAGGCAAGUGGUGCAGAUUGUGGAGCUUGCAGCCUCCAUGGAUGAGAAACUAACCCCACUGAAACUGGUGGAUGCAUGGAUGGGGAAAGGCCCUGCAAAGCACAGGAAGAUGAUUCAGACCACCACGCUGUCUCGGCGACAGGCUGAAGUUGUGAUUGUUCACCUGCUCCUGCAGGGAUACCUCAGAGAGGAUUUCAGCUUCACACCUUACACCACCUACUUCUACAUGAAGCUGGGCCGCAAAGCUUCUCUGCUGAAGAACCCGACACACACACUAAGCGUGAAGAUGAGAGAUGCAGGGGCCGGAGCUGCUUUGGACACCUCAGCUGUUAAAGUGAAUGAAGAGGAUGUCAAUAUGACCUUAGACUCCACUGUUGUGGAGGACAACUGUCCUCCACAACCUAAACAGAUAAUAUUUAAAGAAAAGAGGAACGUAUCGAGAAGACAAGACCUGAAGCCAGUCAGCCAGACAAACAAGCAGAUGGCGAGACCAGACAGAUAUGGAAAGGCAGAGGAAAAGAAGAAUAAACCUAUCGUAUUUCAACAUAUAAUUGAGGUGGAUGUUGAAAUGAACAGAGUACAUCAUGUAGGAAUCAGUGAUUGUCAGAAAACACUGUCACAUUCAGAUAAACCUUGUUCCAGUUGCAAAUCCAGCACCCCUCAGAGAAUGCGAAGGAAAGCUUGUGCUCACACAGCUGCAGCCACACGACAUGUUCCCUGUCCAUCCACCCAUAUCACUGUGCAUAGCUCUCCUUCCCAGACCUCCAUCAUCUCUGACACAGCAGCUGAGGAGCUCUGCGACCUCAGGAAUUAUUAUGGCGAACAGCUGAGGAGAAUAAACAACAUUUCCCACGAGUACUUGGGGCAGCCCACACAUCCAGGAGUGCUGGCUUGUAUCAGGGAGCCUUUGAAGAGCCUCCGCCUGCCCCGUGGACUGAUCAUUGCCCAGACAGCUCGAACCCUGUGGACACGCAUCAGUGGCAGGAGAAAGCUGGUCCACUGCUGACUUUUGUUACUGUUUAAAUAUAAAAAUAAAAUGAACUUUGUU